AUGGCUACCCAGUCCACCAUCCGAUCCAUCAAGUCGGUCGUGCCUCUGCUCGACCGCGUGCUUGUGCAGCGCUUCAAGCCCGAGACCAAGACCUCGUCUGGUCUCUUCCUCCCCUCCUCCGCCGCCUCGUCGCCCCUCCCCGAGGCUAGCGUGAUCGCCACCGGCCCCGGCGCCCCCGACAAGGACGGAAAGAUCGUCCCCACCUCGGUCAAGAACGGCGACAAGGUCCUCCUCCCAUCCUGGGGCGGAAACUCGAUCAAGGUCGGCGAGGACGAGUACCUCCUCAUCCGCGACUCCGAGAUCCUCGCCAAGAUCAACGAGUAA